AUGAGUAAUGGGCAGCAGGGAUUCUUGCCGAGCCUCAAGCUUGGUCCAAGAGAGGCGCCAAAGCAACAGACAGCUCGGGCAGCGUUCGGCACCAAGGAGCCUGGAGUCCGGCUUUCCUUGCCGGCAACCCCGCAGAGCGCACGAAUUCAGAAACCAGUGCAGAGGCCCCCAGAGACCCGGGCCGAAGAAGCAGCUGAUGACUUGGAUGCUGGCCACUUUAACAUCAGCACUUCGACAGUCGCCAGCUGUCCGGCUUUGCAGAUCACUGCGCAAGAGUGGGGCUCAUCUGCGGCAUGGCUGAUGCAGGCAGACAUCAUUCGGAACCAUCGCUUGAAGAGUCAACUCUCGCAGCUGCGCCUGAGCGAUUUCUUCGAUUGCCAUGGUGGUCCCCAUUUCAAGAGGUUGAGCAUCAGCUUCGCAGCCAAGCAGAAUGCCCAAGUGGGCUCCACCUUCGGAUCUACCUCCAACCUUCACGAGUAUGCGGAGCUGAGCGAUUUCCAGGGCACGUCUCACUCAAGCGAUGAAAGGGAGAAAGGUGAGAGUAAGGCACUCCUUGAGGACUCGCACUCGCAAGGGGACUUGAAGGAGCUCAGCGGGCUUAGCGAUUUAGGCAGCUCCAAGGCCUUCCUGGCCGCCUCCGAGGCGAGGGCCCGGGAUUUGCUGAUCACGCAGCAGAAGGCCGAGCUCCUCCUUCUGCAGGUCCGAGAUGAGGAGCGCUUGAGGACCGCCGAAGUCGACGAGAGGCGUCUCGGCCUCCUCUUUUCGGAGAUCCCCAACUUCGAGUCUCUCCUGCCCAAAAGCGUGGAGGUGAAGAGCCUGGUACCUGUCGACCUUCUGGAGGAGCAGGAGCAGGCUGAGAAGCAGUCGAUCGAGCGACAGAACGGCUUCCUGGCGGAUAACCACUUCAUCGAAGGAUCUCAGAUGUGUUGGCUCUUUACCCAUGCAGAGGUGCUGGUCUUAUCUCGAUGUCUUUCCAGAUGGUGUGUGUCUACACGAGGGCCCUCGUUUGCCAUGGGCAUGGGCAUGGACCGGCCCACCUUCUGCCGAUUGCUCUUGGAGGUGGAGCUUGUGGAUCAGGUUGCGGUCCCCUACUUCUGGGCCGUGUCCUUGUUUGACAGCUUGGCACAGCCUUGCCGAAUCUGCCCUCCGCAAGCACACCAUGCCCCCACUGCACCUGUCCAGUCUAUCGUGAACCGAUUCCGGCUUAUCUCGCUGCUGGAUAUCAUCGCUCGGCAGCAUUACGAGGCCAUCGACAGAUACGAGUUCGUGGAUCGCAUGAAGCAAGGGGCGAAGAAGCUCAGGAUCUACGACGAUGCCUACGUGGCAGGCAUGACCAAAGCGAACCACGAACACAAAGCCGAACAGCGGGAUGAACGCUCCAAAGAGAAAUCCCACGAGCGCCGCGAGUCUGUAGAUGCGAGCCAUGGAGAGCCAGGCAAACAUAUCCACAGGAAUUCGAAGGCCCAGGGCUCGGAGCGCCGCGAGUCCACGGAUGAGCAUGAGAAGGCUGAAAAGGAAAAGGGCAAGAACCAGCCCCACGUGAAGGUCUGGAAAUCCAUGGUGGAAAGAGACCUGGCCUGCCGGGAACGCCUCGUCACGUCCAUGCUCGUUGAACCCGAAGUUCUCCAUGUGGUUCACUUCUACCGCGAUGUUUUUAGCACUCUCUUCGAGUGUUAUGCUCCAUCGGGGCAGAUGCAGUGGAUGGACUUUUGGCAGUUUUGUGUGGACUUUCACAUCUCGCCGCAGCUGGUAACGGAGCAGCAGCUGCGCAGGGCUUACGAGACUACCGAGUGCUUCACUUUGCUGCCUCCCCGGCCCAUCUUACCUGAGGUUCCCAAGACCAAGCGAAGGGCUGCGGAGUCUACGCCCUCGAAGAGCAGGGCUGGGGCACGGAGGGAGAAGCCAAAUAGUAGUGCGAGCCCCACGCCAUCGCAACCAAAGCUCAAGCAGCUUUCCGCCAGUCCUGACCCAGUUAGCCACGCCCAUUCGGGCAAGGACGAGGACAAGUUCAAAGGCACAGACUCCACAAUCUCAUCGGCAUUGACUGAGGACUCUGAAGCCUUGGAGUGCGACACGGCCUUUGAAGUUCCGGCCUUCACCGAGACGCUUUGCAGAAUCGUGUUCCUGUACCUGGGCUUCUAUGGCAAUGGUGUCCAGCAGAGCAGCUCUUCUCUCUACAAGAUCUCGUGGCUGGUUGCUUACCUCCGGCUCGUUUCCACGCAGAUGCAUGAGGGCUUGGACGACUUUGGCCCAGCUGAGACAGAGCCCGGUUCACCAGAACCUCGUGGAGCAGAGGCUGUGGUGAAGAAGCUGCCCCUGUCUCGAUGGGAGGAACCACCGCGGCAAAAGCUGACCGGCCAGACGAUCUUGCAGCCGCAUGCUGGGCCAGGCAACAAGAAGGUAGUGAGACGUCGUGGUAAGCAGCAGCCGAUGGCGCCCAAAAUGCUUCCCGGGAGGAUCACACGAGAGGCAGCGAUGAAUGUCAACCGGCAGAAAACCCGGAGCUCGGUCAGGGAUGCUGUUCGGCAGCUUGGCAAGGCGUCUGUGGUGGUGCGCGCCAUACACGACGUGACCAAUGUCACAGUCAAGAAGAUGGACAGUUCCAGCGAUGAGGACCUUCCUACCGGGCCGACAGCAGCUAGCAGAGGCAGCACGCCGAAGGCGCCUGUGGCGCCGGGCGGGCCAGCGGCAGCUGCAUCUGCUCGGAGUCGUGUGGACCCGGAUGCGUUGACGUCGCAUGUGGCCUCGGCCUUCAAGCCGAUGGCACGGGAGCCGCCCAAUCAGGUGCUGCCGGUUGAGGAUCUUCUGAAGGCAGAGGCUGGGAAGUUUGCGGUGGAGAACGGCCGGUGCCAACUCUGUGAGCGGAGCGGUGAUAGAGAUCUGAGCUGGUCAAAUCCAGGCUGUCGUGGCUGCUCCGUCGUCGAUGCAUUGAAGCUAGAGGACCACUUGUUUGCGAGGCUGAUGCUCCCCGAUCGGAGUGCGAGCAAUGUGAAGAUACGGCGGCCAAAGGCGAAGCCUCUCGUGGGGAGCCGCCUGCGUCCUACCUUUGUCUCUGGCCCAGACCCAAGGCAGAUAACGAUAUCCAUCUUCUGGUUCGGGUCCUGGGUCGGAGUGGCGGACUGCAGGUCAGCUCGAAAUGCAGGGAUCAGAACACCUGAGCUCGUUGCAUCAAGCGCAGCAUACAACGGUGCGCUGGCAGUCUGGGACACUCGAGGCUUUGACAUCCCUUCAGGUCGGCAAGAGGAGUACAAGCUCAGAUCAGUCUUCGGAUUCACGAUCAAUGCGCCAUUCCUACAGGACGAAGAUCGCAUGAAGAUUGUGGAGAGUGACGAGGUAGCAGCGUGCGGUGAUGCCUACAGCUCCGUGGCCACGCUAAAGGUUCAAGGUCCAACUCACGGCCAACGGGAGUCUGGCACAAGCAGCUCUUCGACCUGGACAGGUUUCGCAGCAAUGCAGCCCGGAUCCUACCGUGCAUGCUUUUGCGGCGGCUUCGGUGAAUGCUGCAAUGUGGAUGGUGCCUUUGCAACCGAGCUUCUACGAUUUGUCGUGGCUGGUGCUGAGAGCGACCAUUAUGCGGUUUGCGAGGUGUCCCUGCUGAGCUGGCCUCUCUCGGAGAUCAAGACCUGCAUCAUCGAAGGCUUCCGAGGUGUGGGUCUUCAGGCAGGGGACAUGAUCAUGCUCCAAACCGGUGAGUUCUGCGGCCUGGCUGGUUCUAUUCCGGGUCUGCCAAACAAUGGAGUCCUGACAAGUCGAUCACCCGAUGCCAGAGAUUUGGCUGGUGUACAUCAAG